AGGCUUAGCAACUACUAUAAUGUAAAAUGUAAUACUGGCUCGUUUGACGUUGUUUCAACCGACACUUGAUGCACCAGAUGUAGCCUUCCCGGCUCCCAGCUUAGCAGACAGCACUCUUCUCUCACCAAGACACCAUGAUGCCAUUAAGGACUUUAAUUUUCACAUCUGUCAUGCUCCCAUGGAUACUGUCUUCUGCAGCAAAAGAUGAAUACAUGGAAGCAAGAAAGCCUAAGAGAGACAUUGAAAACUUUCCUGACAAUGGCUUCCCUCAAGAUUCAGACACUGACCAAGCAGCUCCAAAAGCCUAUGAGUUGCCGACAUGUCUACUGUGUGUUUGCCUGAGUGGAUCUGUUUACUGUGAGGAUGUGAACCCUGAAAUGUCAGCCGUCCCAGCACUGCCAAAGGAAACAGCAUACCUCUACGCACGUUUCAACAAAAUCACAAAAAUACGCAAUAAAGACUUUGCAGACAUGGCCACAUUAAGAAGAAUUGACCUCAGUGAGAAUCUCAUUGCUGAGAUAGAAGAUGGAGCUUUUUCCAAACUUCCCGAUCUUGAGGAGCUCACUCUUGCAGAAAAUAGACUGACUAAACUUCCUACACUUCCCACCAAGCUAGUUUUAUUCAAUGCCAAUUUCAACAAGCUUAAAACCCAGGGUGUAAAGGCAACUGCUUUUAAAAAACUCACGAGACUGGCGUAUCUUUACCUUGGAAACAAUGAACUGACAGCAGUGCCCCAACUUCCAGAGUCUCUUCGUGUUGUGCACCUGCACGACAACAAGAUCUCAACUAUAACAGAUGAGACGUUCUGCAAAGGCAACACCAGUCACUACAUCCGGACCAACAUGGACGAGGUGAGAUUGGAUGGGAACCCCCUGAAGCUGUCGCAGCACCCUAACAGCUUCAUCUGUCUGCAUUCUCUGCCUGUCGGCUGGUACAACUGAAAUUACCAAAGCAUGCUUUUGACAGAGGUAAACCUCCGGGGGGGGGAGUUCUGUGU